AAAGAAAAUAAAUACACAUAAAGACUAAUGAUCCUAACUUAAUUACAAUAUAAAUUAUUAUAAUGAGAGAAUCAUAACAUAUCGUAACACUUAUAUAAUUAGAUAUUUAUUCAUUCCUUCAAGUUGGAGCCUAUAAAUACAUUAACAGCAUUGCACUUCUAAGAAUCACACUACUCACAUAUAACUGAAUAUUGAAGUGAGAAAAAAUAAAGAGAAAAGAAGCAAAAUGGAUCAACACUUUCCAAUUGUUGACAUGGGAAAGCUCAACACAGAAGAGAGAAAAUCAACCAUGGAAAAGAUCAAAGAUGCUUGUGAGAAUUGGGGUUUCUUUGAGUUGGUGAACCAUGGUAUAUCUAUUGAAAUGAUGGACAAAGUGGAAAAGCUCACAAAAGAUCACUACAAGAAGUGUAUGGAGCAAAGGUUCAAAGAAAUGGUUGCAAGCAAAGGUUUGGAGUGUGUUCAGUCAGAAAUAAAUGACUUGGAUUGGGAAAGCACCUUCUUUUUGCGCCAUCUUCCAUCUUCUAAUAUUUCAGAGAUCCCAGAUCUUGAUGAUGAUUACAGGAAGAUAAUGAAGGAAUUUGCACUAAAAUUAGAGAAUCUGGCAGAGGAACUUCUUGACUUAUUAUGUGAGAAUCUUGGCCUUGAGAAAGGGUAUUUGAAGAAAGUAUUUUAUGGUUCAAAGGGUCCAAAUUUUGGUACAAAAGUUAGUAACUACCCUCCUUGUCCUAAGCCUGAUCUUAUUAAGGGACUCAGAGCUCAUACAGAUGCUGGUGGCAUCAUCCUUCUCUUCCAAGAUGAUAAAGUCAGUGGACUUCAGCUCCUCAAAGAUGAUCAAUGGAUUGAUGUUCCUCCAAUGCGUCACUCUAUUGUCAUCAACCUUGGUGAUCAACUUGAGGUCAUAACAAAUGGAAAGUACAAGAGUGUGAUGCAUAGAGUAAUUGCUCAAACAGAUGGUGCUAGAAUGUCCAUAGCUUCAUUCUACAAUCCAAGUGAUGAUGCAAUAAUUUCACCAGCACCAACCUUAUUGAAGGAAAAUGAAACAACAAGUGAAAUUUAUCCAAAAUUUGUGUUUGAUGAUUACAUGAAACUCUAUAUGGGACUAAAGUUUCAAGCUAAAGAGCCUAGAUUUGAAGCUAUGAUGAAAGCAAUGUCAAGUGUUGAAGUGGGACCAGUAGUGAGCAUAUGAAAAAGCAGAUUAUUAGAUUGGUUAUGUGUGGUUUUGUUAAUAAGCUGAGUUUAUUAAGCGAUUAUAUACUAGUGUUUGGUUUGGUGUUUAUUAUAAUUGGUAUGAGAGGUUAAGAUGGGCAGUCUAAAAGUUGUUAUUAAAGUUUAUAAUAAUAAAGUAUGAUUAGUGUUUGAUCUUAGAUUGUGUGUGAUCAGUGAUUAGUGAUGUUGGUUGUUUGAUUAACUGAUUAAUUAAGUUAUGUAAUGUGAUGUAGUACUGUUUUAUAAAAGCAAAACAAGGUGCUGUCUCUCAUGA